AUGACUUUACAAAUGAACAUUCUUUCCAUCCUAGUAAUGAUCCAAUUUGUUCUAGGAAAUUUUGCCAAUGGCUUCAUAGCUCUAGUGAACGGCAUUGACUGGGUCAAGAGACAAAAGCUCUCCUGUGCUGAUCGAAUUCUCACUGCUCUGGCUGUCUCCAGAAUUGGUUUCCUCUGGGUAAUAGUAUUCAAUUGGUAUGCAAGUGGAUUUAAUCUAGCUUUCUAUGGUCCAGAAAUAAGACAUGCUGUUCAUAUUGCCUGGGUAGUAAGCAACCAUUUUAGCCUCUGGCUUGCUACUAGUCUCAGCAUAUUUUAUUUCCUCAAGAUAACCAAUUUCUCCAGCCUUUUAUUUCUCCACCUAAAAUGGAGAGCUAAAAAAGUGGUUGUCACGAUAAUGUGGGGGACUUUGGUCUUCUUGGUUUGUCACAUUGCAGUGCUAAGCAUACAUGAUAAAAUGCAGACAGACGAGCAAGAAGGAAACCGCACUUGGGAGACCAGCUUGGGAGAUAGUGUGAAACUUUCCAAUGUGAUUAUAAACGCGCUUGUAAACUUCAUACCCUUCACCAUGUCCCUGACAGCUUUUCUGCUGUUAAUCUCUUCCCUGUGGAAACAUCUCAAGAAGAUGCAUCUCAGUGGCAGAGGUUUCCAAGAUCCCAGCACCAAGGUCCACAUAAGAGCCAUGCAAACUGUGAUCUCAUUUCUCUUGCUAUUGGCCAUUUACUUCCUGGCUCAAGUCACCUCAGUCUGGAAUUCUAAUACUGUGCAGCACAAUUCAGUUUACUUGCUUUGCAAGAGUCUUGCAAUCCUGUACCCUUCAGGCCACUCAUUUAUCCUGAUUUGGGGGAACAAGAAGCUGAGACAGGCCUUUCUGUCUUAUCUGUGGCAGCUGAGGUGCCGGCUGAAAGAAAGGAAAUGA